AUGGAGCUAAUGAGAGUAUGCAAAUCAGCGUAUGGGUUGUCAGAAGCUCCUCGGUUGUGGUAUCUUAGAGCAACAGAACUGCUGAUUGAAUGUGGCUUCACAGAACUGCCGAUGUGCAAGGCGGCAUAUGCGAAGAGAGACAAAAAGGGGCAGGUAGUAUGCAUCAUCUGCCUCCAUGUGGAUGACGGUUUGGUCGUGUGCUCACCAAAAGAGCUGAAGCAGGUGAAAGCAGACUUAGAUAGCAAAUUCAGCAUAAAGGAGUGGCAGGAUCUAUGUGAAAAACCAGUGACCUUUCUCGGUGUCAAGACUUCCUAUCACCAGGGUAUUUUUCAUGAUGACAUGACGGAGUAUGUCAGCAAGAUUGAUUUUGCCCCGGUGACAGGAGAAGAUUCCGAGCCUCUCCAUGGAAAAGCUCUAUCGGCAUUUCGGCGUCUCAUCAUGCAGAUGCGGUGGCCGGCUCAUUAUGUCAUGCCAGAGUUCUUGUAUCGCACGAGUCACUUGGCUCAGAAAGUGUCCACGGCUUGUUUCUUAGAUCUCAAAGAAGGCAAUAACAUUUUGAAGCAAAUGAAAGAGUCAGCCACCAAAGGUGGAGCCAAGCUCAGUAUCCAUCCACUGAAGGGAGAACCUCUUUUUGUUUCAUUUUUUAAUGCCUCUCUGGGAAAGACUAGCGAAAAGAAAGGGCAACAGGGCGAAGUUCAUUUUAUCACUACAGUCAGUGCCUACACUGGAAAUGCGAUGGCCAAUCUCAUUGAAUUUCACUCCAACAAGAUCCAAAGGGUAGUUCGCAGCAGCUUAGCAGCAGAGGGAUGUGCGAUGGCGUCAGCGGGAGAUCGAAAUCUUUUCAACCGUGUUGUCUUCGAUGCAAUGUACCACGGAUGUUUAGAAAUCGGCUCAGACUGGAGGAAUUUUAUGAAGACCGCAGGAUGCUUAGUCACGGAUGCAAAGGGUCUUCAUGACCACGUCCAUAAGACGGGCGGUGUGGCCACUGAAAAACAGGAGUAUAGGAAAUCUUCUCAGAUCUCUUUGAUUCAAACGGCAGAAGACCAAAAAGAAGAGGAACGUAGGUGUGCACAAGAGGCACAAAUCGAGAAGUGUUAUCACGGCAUGAGCACUUGCCUUCAUUUUGACUGA